AUCUGAUUCCAUACACCCCCUACAGACGCGAUGGCGUCAUUGCAUUAGGCUGCGCAGUAUGUAAUUAAGUUGGACAUGCAACUGUACAUUCACCAAGGCACGCACAUACACGGCGUGGGUCAGGGGGGGCGCCGGUGGUGAAGCUUGCGUUCAGCUUCACAUUGGUUUCUGCUGGCAUUACAUAAGUUUUUAUUUGAUCCCCACUGGUUUGCCUUUUGACUGUAACGUGGCGAUAUUUGAACAAUUAAUAGAACGAAGUGUUUGCGUGUUGUGAACGUUCAGCGCGGGAUCCUUCUCGAGGCUGCACCUACCCGUACGCGGGAGCGUCGGUCCGUCGCUUCUGUUUCGCUUUACGGCUGUUGGACUUCAGACCGGAACUUUUGCGCUUCAGAACGCAAAUUCGUAGGAGGAUUUCAGAAGUCGAUCGCUGUCACUGUAAGCGGGGGUAUAUAUUUUUCAAACAUAAAUGGCGGUUAUGUUGCUAAAGCACUAGUUUAUGUUAUUCGCAUUAGUUGGCUGUAAUUGGUUUGCAUUGAGGGGAUCCGGAUGGCUCUCUCCGGCUGGGUGUGUGUCGUGACGGGGGCUUCAAGGGGCAUCGGCAAAGGCAUUGCCCUACAGCUGUCAGAGGCCGGGGCCACCGUCUAUAUUACCGGCCGGAAUGAGAAAACGCUGAAGGAAGCGGCCGCAGAGGUGAAGCAGAGGGGCGGAGACUGUGUACCGGUAGUUUGUGACUCGUCGAAGGAGGAUGACAUCAAACAUCUGUUUGAGCGAAUCACACGCGAGCAGAGGGGCAGACUGGACAUCUUGGUCAAUAAUGCCUAUGCAGGGGUACAGACAAUUAUGGCGAACAUAGGGAAGAAGUUCUGGGAGACAGAUCCUUCUGUAUGGGAUGUCAUCAACAACACUGGGCUCAGAGGUCAUUACUUCUGUUCUGUGUAUGCUGCCAGAAUGAUGGUACCACAAGGUCGCGGUCUCAUUGUGGUUAUUUCAUCCGUAGGAGGAUUGAAGUAUGUUUUGAAUGUCCCAUAUGGGGUGGGCAAGGCAGCUUGUGACAGGCUAGCUGUGGACACAGCGGUGGAACUGAAGGGUAGGGGUGUGGUAUCAGUCAGUCUGUGGCCUGGAAUUGUGAAGACGGAGCUCAUGGUGGACUACAUGAAUAGGAGCGAUGAACCUCAUAUCAGUCCUACGUUUAAAAAUGAUUUUUCCAAUGGAGAAACUCCAGAAUUGAGUGGAAGGUGCAUCGUUGAACUGGCCAAAGAUAAAAGCCUGAUGUCACUGACUGGGAAGGUUCUCAUGACAUGUGACCUCGCCAGGCGCUAUGGGUUACGGGAUGUUGAUGGUCACAGCGUAGCUGAGUACACCUCCUUUAAAUUUCUCCUCUCCCAGGUCUCCUACCUGUCCUGGCUCUCUGUCAUCACGCCCUCCUUCCUUAGGGUGCCCAGAUUUGUCCUCAACCUGGUCAGCGGGCGCUUCUGAACUGUCAUAUUAAUUGUUUUGCUUUGUUAUAAUUUUACAACCAAUUACUUGCUUUUUUUAUCCUAAUAAUAAGGUGUGUUCAAAUAUUUUUUGUUAAUUCCAGUAGAAAUUUUUAGCUCAAUUCCAGCAAAAAUUGUCCACUGGUUCCAGUUAGAUUUUAUGUCCAGUUGAAUUAUUCUAUUAGUUAGGGUUAGAAAUAAUGAAUGGACAGUACCAGUAAAUUUACGUAAAAUGUAAGCUGGAUUUUACAUUGCCAGUUGACAUUUUCGUAUUCUGUGUAAUAUAAUCACUUUUGCCCAUAUAUCAUAAACAUGACUUUAUUGCAUUGUACAGAUAACCAUCUGUCAUCUUACUUUAAAAAGAAGCAUCUCAGUUGUCAUAUUUUCACCAGCAUCACUGCAAAAGACAGGAUUGAUGACUUUUAUUUAAAUGUCGUUCUUGGGGCAGUUUGGCGCAUUAGGACAUUCCGUGUGUAUCAUUAGGAAGCUUCUCGUGUGGCACCAGCACUGGGAAAAAUGAGCAGAGUAUGAUGGAAGAGCAACAGUGGCAUGCCAGAGAAGGCCAAAGAACAAAAGAUAAUAGUAGCAGCAACCAAUACAUUCAGUUCAAUUCAAUUUGUUUUUAUAUAGCGCCUUUCACAACUGAGUCGUCCCAAGGCGCAAUACAUGAAAACAGAAAAGUCCUUUGAGGCAAGGGGGAAUUCUUGGUACAAUUUUGCUCCUUUAAUUUUGCUAAUGCUGGCAGAUCCAGUGUUGUGAGUAGCAUGGGUCAUGGGUUUCUGUGCGAUGGAAAAAAAUAAGGUCACAGAAGUCACCCUUCACCAUGUCCUCGGCAAAUCAGCAUUUACCAGAGCUGGGCUGAGUCUAUUUCUGUCUGCAACAAGAGUCAAGGUUGUUCCCUGGAGUCAAGGCAUGAUUAGGUCCCUUAGCUGGGGAUUUAGGAUUAGCUUGUUGAGCUGAAGUCUCAUUGGAAAGACGUGUUUUUUUUUUCCAAGUUGCAGGGCUGAUUCCAAGUCAGGUCGAGCAUCCAAGGAGCCAAACACUAUGCUUCCUCCUGCAGCUGGAAUCCAGUUCUGGGAAUUUCGCAGUAAAUGUGUUUUCCUGACUUGGCAGUUUUUAACAAAAUGGAUACAGGAUUCUACAUUAUCCUAUACUCUAAGAUCUACUUAAAAAAUAAUACUUGAGUAAAGAUGCAGCCAGCCUUAUUAAAAUAAAAUAUGGAAAAAAUGCUGUAACCAUAGAUUUAUGUACUGGUGUGAUUAAUAUUUUACAAGUGUUAUGUUAUAUAUUUCUCAAAUGGUUUAAUUGUUGCAAAGUUUGCUAUUAUAAUGCUAACAUUUUAAUAUAUGUAUUUAAAUUAUUCUUACUUUCCUUACUUCAGUUUCUAUAGUAUUGUUAUAUAUCCCAUAACCCACAUGCAAGUAAUUACUAAAUUUGUGAAAAUCGAUGUCUAUAAAUCGCCUUUACUGUGUGAAUAUUAUGUGUAAGUAAACUGUGAUUUAAUAGUGA